UUGAAAUGUUUCGUAACAUUUUCUUUUUCAGGUAGUGGUGUCCAGCCUACAAAAUGGCAGAAACGCUUUUUGGUAAUUACGAGAUUGUAUCAAAGGCAGAGUGAUAUUCCGCCAUACGUUGCAACUGGGACGAUGAAUCGAAUGCACGACCGUAUGCGUGUCGUUUUCAUCCUCGUGGGUGUUACCGUCUUUUUCGUAAUCUUCUUCGUUGGUGAAUUCAGCACGCAUCAAAGAAUUACUCGUGAUCGAGAUGCUGGAGUUUUCGUCAAGAAAAUGUGA